AUGCCAUGGGCUUUUCUGAUUCUUUGGGCCUUGGCCUUGCUGCCUUCUGGUCUUCCGGAACCACUGCAUCCUGUGGAGCCUGCGGCACCUGCUGUGUCCAUGGUUCAGGUCCGAGCUAAUGCAGUAGAAGCGAAAGCAAGGCGGGCUCGCAAAACGGAAGGUCUCAGACCGUGGGAACAGUACAGGUAUGUCACCUGCAGCCAUCAUAAGGCAGGAGUAGAUCUUUGGGGCUGGCUCACGAAAAAAGUGUUCGAAGGGCUCGGCCUCAACAUGACCCAAGACUUUGGCUGUUGGAACUUCGAGUGCGAUGGUCUGGCUAAGCUCGUUUGCUACAACAGAGAGGCGCCAGUUCGGAGUGAAAUGGACUGUUGCUCCCUCGACACUGUGCAGAAUGAACAGGCUGCGUAUCCCUGGCAGCCCAUGCGGGUUGCGAACACGGUGCGUGACCCCCUGGACAUGGUGGCAUCGGCUUACUGCUAUCAUCACAGGGGAAUGGAGUGGUACUAUCCCGUGUAUGGGGGGGUGGAGGUCAUGAACAUGGGCUUGCACGAAGGUGUGCGCUUCAUGGCGCAGAAGAUGCUGGAUGUCGCUGCCAACAUGACCAGCUUGCAUGAAAAUCCCCACGCGGAAACGCAUGCCCUGCGAUUCGAGAUCAUGAGCGCCACAUCUGCGGGCUUCGAUGCAGAGGUUGAGAAGCUCAUCGACUUUUGGUUUCACGGGCUCAUCACAGAGGACGAGCGCAAGAAGGCAAUCGAACUGGCCCGGACGAUGGACUUGCACCGCUAUCCUCAGUUGGAGGUGGAGGGGUAG